AAACUUCGGCAGUUGAGCGCGCGGUCUAGGCUUCGAUGGAGCUGCUAGUGCAAAAAAAGAGCUGUGCCGGUCUCCAGUUAUUUCGGUGGAAACGUUUUUUGUUUAUCGCACUGUAAAAAAUAAUAAUCACUGUAAUUAUUUUGUGAAGGACACCGUUGUCGAAAUGGAAACCGAAAAUAAUCUCCAAAAACGAUCGGUUGUGGUUUUCUGUGUGCGUGAGUACAAAGUUCCAACACAAGAGUGCGCGAAUGUAUCCCCUCCACAUAUCUACUGACUCUAUGCUUUCCUUGGCGCGUGCCGAUUUGCCGAUUCAGUUUCACAACAUUCUUGGCAUUCAAACAGGCAACGUGCUUUGUACUUUGUAGGUUAGGUUUUCUACAUGCUGUCUCAAGCUCACGUGGAUUGUAAUAAUUAAUCAUUCGUUUUUAGUGUGGUGAUGGUGAAUGGUGCACGACAAAAAUGUCAACAACAAAAGCAGAUAGUUCAUCAAAUAGUGGAGCUACAGGAGGUGUACAGCUACAAAAAAAGUUGGGUCUUUUGGACGGUGUAGCUAUUAUUGUUGGAAUAAUAGUUGGAUCAGGAAUUUUUGUUAGUCCCAAAGGUGUUUUAAUUAGAUCAGGGUCUGUGGGUUUAGGACUUGUGAUAUGGGUAUUGUCCGGCGUUUUGUCUGUGGUCGGUGCACUUUGCUAUGCUGAGCUUGGCACUAUGAUUCCAAAGUCAGGCGGUGACUAUGCCUACAUAAACGAGGCGUUUGGGGCGCUGCCGGCCUUCCUCUACCUGUGGGUGGCUCUGCUGGUGAUUGUGCCCACUGGCAAUGCUAUCACGGCGCUCACCUUUGCCGAGUACAUUGUCAAGCCGGCCUGGCCUCACUGCGAUCCGCCUUAUGAGGUUACCAGGCUCAUUGCCACUCUCAUCACCUGUGAGUAAUCGAUAAGUUAGAGU